UCUUAAUAGAAACCACAAACAUUGGCAUCUUUUCAUUGGAAUCUUUCAAAAGCUUGUUAUACAUGAGCUAAGCUAAUAACAGUAGUUAAAUCCUAUAAACAUAUCACCAAAACUAGUCAGCGCGCGCGCGCACACACACACACACAUAAUGAGUUUAACAGUUGAAAUGUGGGUAGCUUUGAUUGUUGGAGUAGCACCAAUAUUUGUGGGAUUGAUUUGCUGGUUUUGGUACGAUAUUUGGUAUGGAAUUCCGGUUUCAAUUCGAUGCAUUGCAGAUGGCACAAAGCUUCCACCUGGGUACAUGGGCUUUCCUUUCUUCGGAGAGACGUUCAACUUCUUGCGGUACUUCAAGACUCUAGCACAGCCUGACGAUUUUAUCAACUCUAGGAAACACAAGUACGGUGAUGCAGAAAUGUUUAGAACGCAUCUCUUUGGUUCGCCGGCAAUUAUUGCAUAUUCACCGGGGCUGAACAGAUUUGUCUUUCAUUCGGAUACUUUGUUCGGCCAAAAUUGGCCAUCAAUUGAACUAAUUGGAAAAAAUUCUGUGCUAGCAGUAGAAGGGCCGCUGCAUUCCAGGCUGAAAAGCUUUAUAGCAAGAACAAUAAGUACACCUGAUGCUCUUCAAAAAGUAACACUAAUGGUACAGCCACGGGUGAUUGCUGCUCUACAAACAUGGGCAGAGAAAGGUAGAGUGUUCGGCUAUGAUGAGGCAAAGAAGUUAACACUAGCAAACAUCGGCAAAUAUUUUGCAAAUUUCGAGCCAGGUCCAAAAUUGGAUAUCCUAUCGGAGCUUUAUGCCUGGUUUGUCAAAGGAGCUAGAGCUUAUCCCAUCAAAAUCCCUGGAACUACAUAUUACAAGGCUCUUCAGUGUCGGAAGAAAGCUUUAUCCAUUUUUAAGGAAGAGCUGGAUAAGAGGAAGAAAAUCACCUCCUGGGAUGUUGGUGCAAAUGCGAAACAUGAUUUAAUGGAGGGGCUGAUGCAAUACAGAGAUGAGGAAGGAACGAAAUUGAGUGAGGCUGAGGUGCUUGAUAACAUUUUAGUCCUUCUCCUCGCAGGGUAUGAAUCCACUACUCUUUCCAUCACCUGGGCUCUCUAUUAUCUCGCCAAGCAUCCUCAUGUUCUCCACAAACUCCGGGAAGAGAACUUGCUUAGUGUGAAGAACAAACAAGGGGAUAUGAUCACAUUUGAUGAGAUUUCGAAGUUGAGCUACACAAACAAGGUAGUGGAGGAAGUCCUCAGACUGGGAAAUGUUUCUCCAAUUAUGUUCCGAAUUGCUAAGAAAGAUGUUGAAUACAAAGGAUACAAAAUCCCAAAAGGAUGGAAAGUAUUGUGCUGGAUACGAUAUCUUCAUGUUAAUCCAGAAAAUUUUGAAGAUCCGCUUACCUUUAAUCCUGAUAGAUGGGACGAUCAACCAAAACCCGGAACAUAUUUAGUAUUUGGAGCUGGUAAAAGGAUGUGUGUCGGAAACAAGCUUUCUCGUUUGCAGAUUUCCAUUUUCAUACACCACUUGGUCCUCGGUUACAGGUGGAAUUUGAUUAAUGAGGCCGCAGCGGUGAGCUAUCUCCCGAACCCGAAGCCGGUAGAUGGAGUUGAGAUUGCCAUAAGCAAAAUAUGAAAGGAGAACCGAAGAAAAAGCAAUCGCAAAAAUACUUCUUCCUUUCCAAAACGAUGGUAUUAUGUAUUACAUUAAAAAUAAUUCAAUAAAGGUGCUAUCAGAAAAAAUAAUAAUUCAAUAAGGGAAUUACCAUUUGGGGGG